AUGCCCAUUUGGGAACGUCAAUUGGACAAGCAGUCUGCCAUUGAUCGCUCAGCGCCGAAUAGUGUGGAAUGCGAGGCGAUAUCUCAGCAGUUGUGUCUUCGGUGGAUGCGGCGAUUUGCCUUGGCCAAUCGUGUUGUACUUAGUCAUGCUCCUGCAAUCUGGUUGGCGGAGCUGAUAGUUGGUGUUUUAGAAAUAAUCGCGUCGAUCGAUUUUCCUCUGCACUGCUCGUUUUCGCGUGCUACAAUGUCUGACCAGGAAGCCACAACUGACGAUGCAACAGAGCAGAAGGUAGAGACUUUCGCCUUUCAAGCAGACACUCGCCAAUUGCUGAAUGUGCUGGUCAAUGCCCUCUACCCCACGAAAGACGUCUUCCUGCGAGAAUUGGUCUCCAACGCUUCCGAUGCUUUGGACAAGCUUCGCUACAAGAGUCUCACGCAACCGUCAGUACUUGAGACGAAUGCAGAAAUGUGCAUCAGGAUUGUGCCGAACAAGGCUGAUGCCACACUCGCCAUCAUGGACACGGGUGUUGGUAUGACGAAAGACGAGUUGGUGAACAAUUUGGGUAGAAUUGCGUACUCGGGCACGAGAGCCUUCAUGGGGGCGCUGAAAGACGGUGCCGCUGACAUGGUGAUGGCUGGUGAAUUUGGUGUGGGUUUCUACUCGGCCUUCCUUGUUGCGGACAGGGUGGAGGUUGUCUCCAAGAGUAACGAUGACGAGCAAUAUGUGUGGGAGUGGUCAGGUGGUGAGUCUUUCACCAUUCGUGCAUGGAAUGAGGAGACGUUGAAGCGUGGCACGAAGGUGAUUCUUCACAUGAAGAGGCAGCAGUGUGUGGAGUACCUGGAGCCACACGUGAUUGAAGCGAUGGUGAGGAAGUACUGUGAAUUCACCGCCUACCCGAUAAAAUUGUGCUGUGAUGAAGAAGGAAUGCGGAGUGUUAUGGACUGCGAGGAGUGGAGGAGAGAUGAGGAGGUAGUAGAUGGAGUUGUAUUGAAUAGGAUGGAGCCACUGUGGAUGCGCAGUGCAGAGGACAUCAGCAGUGAGGAGUACGGCAAGUUCUACAAGUGGUUGAGCUGUGAUUCGGAGGACCACAUGGCUGUGAAGCACUUCUCAGUUGAGGGUGAAUUGUCGUUUCGUGCACUGCUGUUCGUGCCGAGACGUCCUCCUGCAGCCUACUUUGCCAGAAACGGAAGGCGACACAACAUCAGGCUGUACGUGAAACGUGUAUUGGUCACAGAAGAGUGCGAGAGCCUGAUUCCUGACUACUUGAACUUCCUCAUUGGAGUUGUGGACUCGGAAGACCUGCCUCUGAAUCUCAGUCGUGAGGCCAUACGAGAGAGUAGUGUUGUGCGAGCGAUUGGGAAACACUUGGUGAGGAAGAGCAUUGAGUUGAUGCAGGAGAUGGCGGAGGAUGCACAGGCCUACAGUGCAUUCUAUGGAAAUUUCCAAAGGAGCAUAAAGCUGGGUGUGUAUGAGGAUAGAGGGCAUCGGCAGAAGCUAGCCAAUCUGUUGCGCUACUACUCGUCGAAGAGCGGUGAUGAGAUGAUUGGUCUGAGGGAGUACGUGUGUAGAAUGAAGGAGGGUCAAAGUGACAUCUACUGCAUGAUUGGUGAGAGCAUGGCGAGCGUGAGUGACUCGGUCUUCAUGGAGGGACUGAAGAAGCGUGAUGUUGAGGUGCUGUUAAUGGUGGAUCCGAUGGACGAGUAUGUGGUGAAUGCGAUGACUGAGUAUUUGGGCAAGAGUUUGGUGUGUGUGUCGAGGCUGGAUCUGCAGUUGCCAGAGGAAAAGGUGGAGGCGGUGGUGGCGGAGGAGGAGGGGAAGACGACGACGCAAGGGGAGUGGAUGGAGUGUGUGGUGGCUGAUUUCGAGUCGACUUGUGGGAAGAUGAAGGAGAUAUUGGGGGAGAGAGUUGAGAGCGUACGAGUGUCAAGUAGACUAACCACGUCGCCGUGUUGUGUCGUCACCUCCACCUUCGGUUGGUCUGCCAAUAUGCAGCGAAUCGGGAAGGCGCAGGCCCUGCGAAAUCCCCACUCCUUACGGAACAAUAGUGCAAAGAAGCACUUGGAGAUCAAUGCCAACGACUCGAUAAUAAUUGGUUUGAAGAAGAUGCUAUCCACUGAGGGUAUGCCGAACAAGAUAAGCAGAGAUAUGUUGGAAAUACUGUAUAACACAGCACUGUUGGAUUCGGGCUUUGUGUUGGAGGAGCCGAAGACUCACACCAACACGAUUCAUGCAUUGAUUCGGAUGUUUUUGGAGAUUCCGGAGUGUGAGAGCGUGAAGGAUGCAGAGCAGGUGACAGCUGACUCGGAUGAGGCUGCGUUGGUGCAGGCCGGCGAUGACGGUGGUGCCAUGGGUGAAGUUGGCUAG